AUGAAACGCCGUUCGACCGGCUGCUUACGACGAGGCUCGUUUAUCAACGCAUCAUCGACCAGCAACAUGUCUCAAGGAGCAGGAGCAGGCAAUAAGAUAUGGCGACCUCCAGGAUUCUACGAAAUUCCCAACAUCCUGGGCAAUGCCUUUUUGAAACCCGAGCCGCCUGUGCCAGCAGCAAAGACAUACAGUCUGCGUCCAUACAGUCCCAACAAGCACAUAUCAAAGCGUCCUUGGCUUCCUGUCGGACCGCACUCCGAGAUUCCUCAGCUACCACCGCUGGUGCGUACAGAGAAUGAGUUCGAGCGGAGAAUCCGCAAAGCGUUGCCCAAGGUUCAAGUGUCAUCCCUCGAUCCGCGCAACAAAUAUGGCACCUUCAAAGAAAUCGGCACUGGUGUCAACGGAGCUGUCAUUCGAGCCAACCAUCGGUACAAAAAGAACUUGCUCCUCGCGAUCAAACGAUGUCGACUUGAUCCUGACCGUGAAUAUCGUGCUGCCAUUAUCCGAGAACUCCGUAUCAUGUCCUCAGGCCAUGCAAACCUCAUUCGAUUGCGCGAAGUUACCUUGUGGCGUGACGACGUAUGGAUCGCCAUGGAUCUGAUGCGCUGCUCCGUGUUUGCUGUUCUCUGCCAACGCGGCAUUCCUGAAGAAUAUUCCAUCUACAUUACUCGCGAAACGCUCAAGGCCAUCAUCUAUCUGCACGGCAAGGGCUUCAUCCAUCGUGAUAUCAAGUGCGAGAACCUAUUGCUGGGUUGGAAUGGUGAAGUCAAGCUUGCUGACUUUGGUUUGGCUACACGCACCAACAAGCGGAACCGAGACCGUUUGGGCACUAGCAAAUGGAUGGCGCCCGAGGUGAUUCGCGAGCAGUACUACUCUGAAAAGAUCGACAUGUGGUCGCUGGGUAUCACUGUCAUUGAAAUGAUGGACCGUGUGCCACCGCACUAUCUGCUCAAGGACGAAAUCGAGCUGUUUGCCGCCAUUCUGAGCGAACCCAGCCCGUCAUUCACUUACAGCUACCCAACAAUGUACAUGCGUGGUUUGGUCGCCUGGCUCUUGGACGAAGCCCCAGAAACCCGUCCUAGUGCAAAGGAGGUCCUGUCGGAGAUCGAUGCACAUGUGCAGAGCCGUCUGUUGAAAUGCGCAAGCCAAGCUGAAACGGCUCGUUUUGUCAAUCAUGUCUUGCCUCCAGCAUAA